AUGCAUCCAUUUCGGGUCGAUCUCCGCUUCAGACAGGGACGUACCCUUAGAGACUUCUUUUCCCUUACGCAAGAGCUCCUCAACGAGAUUGAGGCUUGCAGCGAACGUAGUCAUGCUUGUACCAACGGGAGCUGA